AUGCACUUAAAUGGCCUUGGAAAGCAACUUGUUACAUUAAAGCUAAUGGAAAUUAUUCAGAGACUGCAAUACUUACCAACAACAUCAUCAGUGGUACCUGUAUCAUCAUCACAGAAAGUAUCUCUAGGAGUGACUAAUGCAGAAUCAGAUACAGUAACAGAAAAUGCAGCAGAAGGACCUAAAGAAGCAAUACUAACAGAAGUAGAAUCAACAGCAGCGUCAGAAGAACCACGUUCAGUAACAGCAGAAGCGACUCCUCCAGCAUUAGAACGAGCUCCUACAGCAGUAACACCAUCUCCCUCACCAGCAGUAACAGCACAAACUACUUCACCAGAAAUAGCAGAAGAAACACCAUCAGCAACAGCAGAAGCAACUCCUCCAGCAGUAGAACUAGUUCCUAUAGCAGCAGCACCAUCUCCCACACCAGCAGUAGUAGAACCAACUCCUUUACCAGUAAUAGCAGAAACAACUCCUCCACCAGCAGCAACUAAACCAACUUCACCAACAGCAGAACAGUACCAGCUCCUCCUCCAUCACCUUCAAGAGUAG